GAGCUGCCUGGAUAUGUCCGCAUCCUCGCUCGAGCCCGCUCCGCCCCAGGUCAAGCCGGCAAUCUCUCGUUUGGGAGUGACGGGCUAGAUGUGACCCUGAAGGAGGGCGAAAAAGCUCGGUCGUUUGAGUUCGACCGGGUUUUCAGCCCGUCGUCGAAUCAAGACGACGUCUUCGGUGAGGUGGCGGGGGUGGUGCAGUCCGCCGUCGACGGGCACAACGUGUCCAUUUUGGCUUACGGGCAAACAGGAUCCGGCAAAACCUAUACGGUAAAUGCUUGGAAAUCUGGCCCGCAACGCGGAAUAAUUCCGCGUGCGCUGGAACUUAUUUUUCAGCGAACUUCGGCUUUGACAGAAGAAGGCUGGACCCACCAAGUGGAAGUGUCGGCGCUCCAGGUCUACAAUGAGACCAUCCAAGAUCUGCUGGUCUCCGGUGGCGCCAACUUGGAGCUUCGGAUGGCGAGCAAGAUCAGCGUCCAAGGCCUCUCGAGUGCUCUGGUGAGUAACAUCGAUGAUGUUCAAGAACUGCUCGCCCGAGCGUCCAAGAACCGCCGCACCGCGAAGACUGCACUGAACCUGAUGUCGUCGCGGUCGCACUUCGUGUUGAAGGUACGAAUUGUUGGUUCCCACGCCAGCUCUCGAGAUCGCUCUGAUGGCCUCCUUCAUUUGGUCGACCUCGCUGGGAGUGAGCCCGUUGAUCGCUCCGGCGUCACAGGUGACCGGAUGAAGGAGGCUCAGGCUAUCAACAGGAGCUUGAGUGCUCUCAUUGGCGUGUUCAACGCGAUCGACCAAGACCACAAGCAUGUCCCUUAUCGCGACUCCAAGCUCACGUCCCUGCUGCAGCCUUGC